GUCCGCUUGCGUCAUCAGCCUGCUCCAAGAGCACGAUUGGCCCACAUCGCUCAACCAAGUGGUUGCUUUUGUUACCUGGGCAAUGAUUUGUGCCAGGGCGGCAGCAGCUCCUUCCUUAUGGAGGCUGUGCACAGGUGCCCGGCGGCCCCUGUCAGGUAAAGGGGGACGCGCGGCUGGAAUCCUUUGCGGGGCUGUUUAUGGGGAAAAAAUCAGCAUCAGAUUUUGCAGUUCAGGAAUGACCUUGGACAACAUCAAUCGGGCAGCUGUGGAUCGAAUAAUCCGGGUGGAUCACGCAGGUGAAUAUGGAGCAAAUCGCAUCCUCGCAGGGCAGAUGGCCGUCCUGGGCCGGACCAGUGUGGGCCCAGUCAUCCAGAAAAUGUGGGAUCAAGAAAAGGCCCAUUUGAAAAAGUUCAACGAGUUGAUGGUUGCAUUCAGGGUCCGGCCCACAGUUCUGAUGCCUCUCUGGAAUGUGAUGGGCUUUGCUCUGGGAGCAGGAACCGCCCUGCUUGGGAAGGAAGGCGCAAUGGCCUGCACCGUGGCAGUGGAAGAGACCAUAGCCCAGCACUAUAACAACCAGAUCAGGAUGCUGAUGGAGGAGGACCCUGAGAAAUACCAGGAGCUUCUGCAGCUGAUAAAGAAAUUCCGAGAUGAAGAGCUUGAGCACCAUGACACGGGCCUUUACCAUGACGCGGAAUUGGCCCCAGCGUAUGUCGUCUUGAAGAGUGUUAUCCAAGCUGGAUGCCGUGCAGCUAUAUAUUUAUCAGAAAGAUUGUAAAGUACAUCUGCUUGUCUAUAAAAGAUAGUUAAUAUGUGACAUUUACAGAGAAGGAAUUGUACAAAUAUUACUGUGUGCAUUUUGUUAAUAAAUUGUGGUUAUCUUUUUCAUUAAUAAAACUCAU